GACGCCUAGCCGCCUGUUAGCUUAGGGGGGGGGGGGGUCCUCCGUGCUAGCAGGCUAGCAGCGUUGACUUUUGUCGCCGAUUCGCUCCAACGUGCAAAUGUGCUCUCGUCGUCCCUCUUGAAAAAUGACGCCGAAGCUGUCACGUCGCUAGUCAACCGAGCAGCGCAAGGAGACCGUCACCGGCGACUCGCCGAUGACAAAACGUUGACGCGGCGCUUCUCCCGCGCACGCCGAUGAACGGCGGACUGGAGAAAUGGGGCUUCGGAUCCGCCGGCUGCCCCGAGCCCGCAAAGUUGGACGCUUAUGCCGAGAAAGUCGCCGGUCACCCGCUCAGCAUCGGCGUCGAUAUUCCGGAGAGGAACCGGUUUCACCGGACUGUUAACGGCCCGAACAGCGCCUCCGACGGCCACCGACGGCCUCCCGAUCUCGCGCCCGUCGGACCGAGCGGAAGCCCGUCGGCCGCCCUUCCCGGGCCCGCCGGGCGGUUGCUCUCGAGCUGCAACCGCCAACCCCGCACACCCGCCAUGAACCGGUACGCUGGCCACAAGGAGAUCCCUUUUCCCCUGACGGAGUCGCGCCAGUCCCACAGGCUGCCGCCGCCGCCGCCGCCGCACCAGAGACUCGCUCACGACCCGUCGCAGCGGCAUCAGAGUAUGGCGCCGCCCGAUGUCUCUCGCGUGCACGUGCUGAAGCAUCGGGCGCCGCCCGCAUCUCAAAGCCUACUGGGCGCCGCCCCUCCGGACCUGUGCCGUAUGCCUGAAACGAGUCUGCAGUCACACGGCCAAAGGCUCGCCGCCUCACCGGUCCUUCCCCAGGCCCUCGGCGGACUUCAUCCGGCGCACCCCCAGGCCCCGGGCAGCGUAGCCGGCACGUACCAAUCACCCCACACCCAGACUCCAGAAGCCACGUACGGCGGCCUCCAGCAGGCUCCCCCGGGCGCUUACGGAGCUCGCAAGCUCCCAGACUCGGACGCGCCUCCAAAUGUAACGGUAUCUACCUCCACCAUCCCGUUGUCCUUGGCGGCCAGCUUGCAACAUCGGGGGAGCGACUUGAGCAGCAUCGUGCACCAAAUAAAUCAAAUAUGUCAGGCCCGCGCCGGGGCAGGCACCACCUCGGUCUGCGAGGGCCAGAUCGCCAACCCGAGCCCCAUCAGCAGGAACCUGCUCAUCAACGCCAGCUCCAGGGUGUCCGCGCCUCUCGCGGGGCCGGGUCCCGGCGCCGCGCCGCCCGACCGACCCCUAGUGCCGUCCGCCGCCGCUAUGCGUUCGCAGCGCUGUCCGUCGGUCGCUAACGGAGUUGCCGCUUUUCCCGCGGAUGCUGCCCACGUUCAUCGGCAGCCCGUCUGGACCCGGCAUCAGCUGAGCCACCUGCAGCUGCCCCCCGAGGGGUCGCCCCCGUGCAAGAACCCCCGCUCGGACCUCGCGGCGGAGUGCGCCUUCCCCGCCCGGAAUCUCGGCUACCUCUGCAAGCUGGCCCGACCGGAUCCGCCCGCAGCGCCGCCCCCCGUCGCCCCACCCGGGCUUCGCGCCGACGGAAACUAUGCGCAGCCGCCGUGGGGCAGAACCGAGGUCCUCGAGGGUUUCCAGGCGGGUCGCGUCAUAGGAGCCAAGUUCCGACCGGGCAAAGAAAGUCUUCCUGGACCUCCUGAGAUGGCGUACGACGUGGACUUCCUGGGGGCACGGGAGUUUGCGCCGGGCGGUUUUCGGGAGCCCGACGCGGGCUCCUCGGACAGGUCGUCCGUGGCCCCGUCUCAGGACAGCGUUCGUGCUCUUCAUCCCGCGUACUGAUAAACGCAGCGGCGGUAACCGGGCGAACGUUUUCUCAGGUCUUGCAUGCGCGUGUGGAAAUUUUGUAACUUUGAAUCUUUUUCCAGAGCGGAAGGUUCAAUGUCGCGUCCGACUGCCGCCAUCUUGUGAUAAGAGUGAGAAAUGGUUGAAGGGCGGCCAUCUUGGACAUUUCGAUUCACGGCGGCGCGGUGGGCGGAGUCUCACGCUGACACUUGGACGUUUGAGGUCAGGGAACUUGGAACGUCCCUGCUGAGGUCACGUGACGGGAACCGAAGGAGCAAUAUCCUGUUCCAGCUUACUGAGCUCAGGUGUUCCGUGCAGCAAAUGUGUUUUUUCAUUUUAUCUUGAGCCUCUCGCGGCUCUUUUGUCGACGUCACUCGUGGCUCGCUAAUGAGCUCCGGAUUUCGACAUCCUGCUUUGGCUGAGCUUAAGUGCUACUCUGCUUUUCUGUGGAUGAAGAUGAUUUUUGUCAUCCUCUGUGAAAGCAGCCGAAGUAGCUUUGUGUUUUUUUUUUUUUUUUUUUUUUUGUCAAGUUAAGACAUUUGCAAACAGCUGCUUUUAUUUUGGAAAAGGAUUUUUUUUGACAGAUGUCCUCAAAUGAAAUUAUCAAUUUGAAAUAAUGCGAUGAUUCUAAAUUAGUGAUGAACAUUUAUCAAAUUCUUCUUGUAAUCCAAAUAAUGCUUGACAGCUUCAUCAAACAUUAAAACAAUCGUGACUUGGGAGACGCAGAAAGGACGUGCAGAGCGAGGCCAAGUAAGAAAGGAGACUUACCCGAGCGAGCCCGUCCUGAGACUUUGCCGUACGCCGUCUUGUAAUUUGCACCCUUAAUGCAGGCGCGUCGACCGCGCGGGUUUCUUUCGGGACGUCACCUGUUACAGAUGUGGACGCCGAGCUGUUAUUAAAAUUGAUAUCUUCUGCUUGGGUUCAAACAGAUCCAACAACAAAAAAGGGAAAUGAAAGGCAAACCCCAUCAGAUUUAAUGGGCAAAUAUGUAACAACGCACAAGGAAUUUGUCUGACGCGUGACAUUAAAAGCAGACGCGCGCAAGUGUGCAGCCUUCACUUCCCGUUCGCUCACAACACGGGAUUGGCCAGCCGAGCCGCCGCAAAAAGUACCUUGAAUGGCAGCGGGAAGGAAAUCCGGGCUUUUCGCCGCUCCGGAAAACCUCGUGGCCUAGAUGUGCCGUGGACCGCUUUGAAAGUGUUCGGUCCAGCGCUGCGCAACCCCCGAAAACGCCUGUGUGGGAUUAUUGUUGUGUUGCGCCACCGUUUCAUUGGAAUGCAUUUCAACUAUCCAUGCUAACCGUUAGCAUGUCAACGGUGUUUUCUGGUAGUUAGCUCGUCUGUGGCAUUUUCCACGAUGUUAGCAUUUAACUCGCAGGCUGUCUGUCCGAUUGUUUUAAAUUUCAGAUUUAAUCAUCUGUUUUAUGUUCAAUGUGACAAUAAACCUAAGAUGCGGUGAGGCAAAAAAAAAAAAAAAAUAGCUAGCUUGUUUUCCGCGCAGCUGUCGACCAUGUGUAGAGUUUGCGUGUUCUCCCCGUGCCCGCGUGGCUUCUCUCCGGGCACUCCGUUUUCCUCCCACAUCACGAAAACAUGCAGGGUCGCUUCAUUGAAGACUCGAAGUGGGUGCGGACGGUUGUUAGUUUUAUGUGCCCUGCGAUUGGCCGGCGACCAGUUCGGGGUGUAACUGUAGCUGGGAUAGGCUACGCAGCUCCCGCGGUCCUCGUGAGGAUAAGCGGUUCAGAAAAUGAAUGCAACUUGUGGUCUCCCCCCGUUUGCACUCGCCUGUUAAAGCAGAGCAAUCUGCCGAACGUAAGCCGGGGGUCCACUCGGAUGUCGGGUUUGCGGCGCUGGAUGGGUUUUCUUGCAAUUCGAUAGGCUGGAAAAUCUUCCCGAGUGCAAGUUGAGCACGAAAGGCCUUCAAAU